ACCGCAAGGCAUUAAUAGGAAAGGGAUGGUAUAUUGAGGGUAAUUUGAGGAACUAUGGGGUGGGAAAAGGGGGUAAAAGACACCCUCUCAGCUGUUAUUGAAUAUUUGAAGGACGUAGGGUUAUACAAUGGGAUCUAUGAUUUUGUUUUGUUUAAUAGCUAAAGUAGGUUAGGCUUUGAUACAUACUCCGAUACAGUAGGUGGCGGUAUGCACCUUUAAAGUCAUAGUUGAAACCCGCCAUUUAACCAAAGAAGACGAAAGUAAACGCAACAAGAAAUACACAAAACAUAUACUUCAUUGUGUUUUGUUUGUUGUUACCACACAAUUCUGCGCAAUCCGGCGGUAAAUUAUUCCCUGAAAUCAAUGACAGGGAGUGCAAAUACGUCACGUAAAACGCACUUUUUUUGCUAGCGUCAGUUAGUUGUAUCAUGCUGUAGAAAACGUGUGUUACAUCUUGGACGUGCAGAAUAAUUGUAUGCGCGUUUGCAACUGAAGCAAACCGGCGUCAAACAUGUUCCAGAGGCUCGCUGUGCUCCUGCGACAGCCCGCAGCUGCUCCACUGCUGCCUGCGCUGGUGCGGAGCCUCUCCUCGGGCUGCGUUAACAUCGCUGCACCGCUGAACUUCUGGGGAGGAAAAAGGAGGACAAGCAAAGAAAGAAGCAAAGGGGAAAACGUCUACGAACCUGCAACAGGGCGCGUCCUGUGCAUGUUGGAGCCAUGUGGUCCGUCGGACGUAGACCAGGCUGUGGAGGCGGCCAAGUCAGCUUAUGGUCACUGGAGUAGGAUGUCGGGGAUGGAGAGAGCAAGGGUCAUGAUAGAAGCUGCCCACAUCAUCGAGAACAGGAGGGAGGAGAUUGCCAAAAUGGAAGUGGUCAACAACGGGAAGUCCAUCACAGAGGCUCGUCUGGAUGUGGACUCUGCCAGACUGUCUCUAGAGUACUAUGCUGGACUGGCCAGCAGUCUCGCUGGUCAGCAUGUGCAGUUGCCAGGCAGAUCGUUUGCCUACACACGCAGGGAGCCUUUGGGGGUGUGCGUUGGCAUCGGUGCUUGGAAUUACCCUUUCCAGAUUGCUGCGUGGAAGUCAGCCCCUGCACUGGCUUGUGGCAACUCCAUGGUGUUCAAGCCCUCCCCAGUCACGCCCGUGACAGCGGUCCUGCUCGCGGAGAUCUAUGCUGAGGCUGGGGCUCCAGAGGGGCUCUUCAAUGUGGUGCAGGGGGGGCAGGAAACGGGCAGCUUGCUUUGCCGCCAUCCUGAUGUGGCAAAGGUGUCCUUCACUGGGAGUGUGCCAACGGGACAGAAGAUUAUGGAAAUGGCAUCCAAAGGGGUCAAGCCUGUGACCCUGGAGCUCGGGGGGAAAUCUCCCCUGCUCGUCUUUGAGGACAGCGACCUGGAGAACGCCGUGCGGGGAGCUCUCAUGGCGAACUUCCUUUCUCAAGGCCAGGUUUGUAGCAACGGAACAAGAGUUUUUGUCCAGAGUGAUAUUCUGCCUGAAUUUGUGGAGGAAGUGGUGAAGAGAACCCAGGCUAUUGAGAUUGGUGACCCGCUGUUAGAGAGUACACGAAUGGGACCGCUGGUCAGCCGGACACAUCUAGACAAGGUCCUAACCUUUGUGGAUCAGGCGAAGGAGGAGGGGGCUGUUGUGUUGUGUGGGGGUGAACCAUUUGUCCCAUCAGAUCCUAAACUCAAAGGUGGUUACUACAUGACACCAUGUGUACUGGCCAAUUGCAGAGAUGACAUGACCUGCGUGAGGGAGGAGAUCUUUGGUCCCGUCAUGUCGGUGCUGUCCUUCGACACGGAACAGGAGGUGCUGCAGCGAGCCAACGACACCGCCUUGGGGUUGGCCGCAGGAGUUUUCACCAGUGACGUGAAGCGUGCCCACCGUGUGGUUGAACACCUCAAGGCAGGUUCCUGUUUCAUCAACAAUUACAACAUCACUCCUGUGGAAGUUCCCUUUGGAGGCUUCAAAAUGUCAGGCAUCGGGCGGGAGAACGGCCAGGUGACGAUUGAAUACUACUCUCAGCUCAAGACUGUCUAUGUGGAGAUGGGGGACGUUGACAGCCUUUUCUAGGACACACCAACCCUUAUGGAAAUACUGCAACACCGACUGUAAGUAAAACACACUCAUGGCGCUUAAAGGCAACAUCUUGUCUUUAAGCUUUGAGUGAUUAUUAAGCAGGAAAAUUGGAAACGUUUGCACUAUGCCGCUAUUGCCAACGAGAGCAGAGUGGUGAAGGUGAAAUAUUUUGAACGGUGAUUUUUUUUUUUGUCCAUUCAUUAUUUUAAAUAAUUUGCACAAUUUUGCAUUUCUUCUUCAUUGUGAUGCAGGAAAAAAGUCAACUUAUCACAUAUUUUUAAGAACUUUUAUUAUUUUUAACAAUUUUUUAAAAAUAUAUUUCAUUUCUGAACAAAUCAUCAAAAAAUGUGAUUUAGGAAAGUCUUCUUGACGUUGUGCCUUAUGAGAAGAGUUUUUAUAUAAGAAAAAAACAGACUCUUCAAUCAAAUACAAUGUACUGUAACAUUACAGUCAACAAUAUUCAAUAAAAUGAGAAAACUGUGUAUUUGUGAUUACUAAUAGAACAUCUUUUUAGUAAAUGAUGCAGUUAAAGUAUUCUUCUCCUUUUUCUUGGCUUAUUUUUGAUUGUUGCGUUUGUCUGAAAUGCAAGAAGCUGUAAGCAAAACAUUGGUGUCGGGAUAGCUAAGCUUCUGUGAACAUGUUUUGGAUAUUCCCUACCUUUACCAGAGGUUUUGUGGGUUGCUUGAACUGUGCAGACUCUGAAUUAAGAAAUUUUUACAGUCAAUUACUUGAUGUUAGUUUUCAGUGGAAACAACUUACCAUCUUCAGAGGGCAGAUCAUCAAAAGCAGGAGCUAUCUUGCAGAGGCCCUGUUGCAAUAAAAGAAGACCUCAGUCAUUAUUACUGCGAUUCAGUUAUUGCUUUUCAGUUAUUGUGAUUCCAUUAUGUCCCAUCCCUCCCCUAAUCACUUCACCUUCUAUCUUUUUCCAUUCUGUUUAUCGUCUGUCCCGCUACUCGCAACCCAACCGGUCAAGGCAGGACUCCUCCCACAUUCCAAAAACACGUUUCACGUUCCAAAAUGCAAAUGUUGUUUUGAUUGGACACACUAAAUUGUGCGUAGGUGUGAAUGUGAGAGCGAGCGGUUGUUUGUGUCUGAAGUCAGCUGGGGUAGGCUCCAUCUUACCUGUGUUUCGGUAUAGAAAAUUUAUUUCUUCAUAACUUUUUGUUUGUAUUGUGAAAUGAAAUGUAAUAAUUCAAGUAUAUAUUUUGGUUUUAAGAACGUCAUUUACUACUAUCAAAAGGUGCUGGUAGCUUGAAAAAAAAAAUCUUUAAAGUACGGUACAAUGGAAUCUCUGAGGUUGAACACAACAUUUUCCAUGGUGCUGUUCGACUUCCAGUGUUACAACGAUUAUUUUUCAGCAUGUAAAACUGUCAUUAUUCUC